AUGGGAGGUGGCAGAUCAGGCACUGGUGGAGGCAGUAAAAAUUCUGGCAGAGGAGGUGAGAACGUUAUUAAAGGUGGAGUAGAUAGUAGUGGUGGUGGUGAAGAAACUAGAGGUGGUGGAAACCAGAUUGAAGGUGUUGGAGUAGAUGAUAAUGGUGGUGGUGAAGGCACCAAUGGUGGUGGAAUCAUUUCUGAAGGAGUUGGAGUAGAUAGCAGCGGCGGUGGCGGUGAAGGAACCAAGGGUGUUGGUGGAGAUGGAGUUUCAGGUGAAGCCAAGGGCGGUGGUGGUGAUGCAGGAAGGGGAGGUGGAGAAGGAACUAUGGGGGCAGGCUGA